UCUCACACACACACACACACACACACAUGCACACGUCUACAGACCAAGACUUAGUCACACUGCCAAAGUUAGGCACCUGACCAUCUGCAGGUAUCCAGUUCAGUUUGGUCUGGCUUCCAACCCUGGCAAUGAAGGACGACACAAAUGGAGCAGUUGCUGUAACUAAUGACUACCAUGAUGAUUUUUCCAACACAGAGGGCAGUGAUGAGCAAGCUUUCUGGAGAAAAGAAGCUGAACCGCGGUUCACAAUGCCUUCACCUGCGGCAACCUCACAGUGGAAGCUGUAUGCGUUCUUCUCCCUGACUGCCAUUGUGCUCUUGGCUCUUAUCAUCACUGUAGCAGUGAACAAUGGACAGGCUUCUGGAAGGUUCUCUGCUGUGGAGAUGAGUCUAGCCAGCAUCAACCACACUUUUCAGUCCAUCGGCUCGAGUGUCGAAACCAGAGAUGCCAACAGACAGCAAGAAAUGUAUCAAUUUCAGGUCUUGCUACAGAAGAUGCGAAAAGAUCUGGAUAAAGUGGCUGAUUCAACUAAGCCUGUGCCCGAGUUGGAACUCCAGCUGUCAGACCUCAAGUGCAGUCUCAUGAAGUUGAUGAAGAAUGACACGAACAUGGACUGCUGUCCGCUGGGCUGGGUUCUCUACGCAUCUCACUGCUACUUCUUCUCUGGGGAGGGCCUAUCCUGGUACAGCUCCAGGGACACCUGUGUGAGUCACGGAGCUACUCUGCUCGUGCUCAAGAGCUCCGCUGAGAAGCACUUUGUAAUUAGCAGAACGAUGCCGAUGUUUUACUGGAUUGGUCUGAGUGACGAGCGCACUGGAGACUGGGAGUGGAUGGAUGGCACCCCUUACACUGUCACCAGAAGUGAGUGGAUGCCUGGGCAGCCAGAUGACUGGCGUCUCCAUGGUUUAGGUGGGGGGGAAGACUGUGCCCAUUUCCACAGAGACGGUCGCUACAACGACGACCACUGCUCCCGUCUUUACCGCUAUGUCUGCAAAGCUCCAGUCAGCGCCAAUUUAAAACCCUUUACUGAUUAGGGAUUCCACAAUUGAUGACUGUGUUUGUAUGUGUGUGAAUAUGUAUGUAAUAUGCACGUUAGAAGUUGAUAAAGAGUGGAUGCAAGUGA